CGCCAUGUCACUCCUGUCUCAACUGAAGGCUUCGGCCUUGCUGCUGGCCUUGUUCCUCCCUUCACCGCUGGCGACGGUGGGUGGCCAUGGCGGCACGCACGGCAUUGAGACAGCGUCCCCGGACAGUGGCAACAACACCGCCAAGUGCCAAGAGGCCACGGUGUGCCAGGAAGGUGUGAUCUUGCCAGUGUGGUUCCCACAGAACCCCUCUGUGGGGGACAAGGUGGCAAGGGCCAUCGUUUACUUUGUGGCUCUGAUCUACAUGUUCCUGGGCAUGUCCAUCAUUGCCGACCGCUUCAUGGCCUCCAUAGAAGUCAUCACCUCACAGGAGAAGGAGAUCACCAUCAAGAAGCCCAACGGGGAGACCACCACCACCACCAUCCGCAUCUGGAAUGAGACCGUCUCCAACUUGACCCUGAUGGCACUGGGUUCCUCAGCCCCUGAGAUCCUGCUCUCCAUCAUUGAGAUUGUGGGUCACGGCUUUACCGCAGGAGACAUGGGGCCUAGCACCAUUGUCGGCAGCGCAGCCUUCAAUAUGUUUGUCAUUAUUGCCGUCUGCAUCCAUGUGGUCCCCGAGGGCGAGGUACGGCGCAUCAAACACUUGCGGGUCUUCUUUGUUACCGCUGCCUGGAGCAUCUUCGCCUAUAUCUGGCUAUACCUCAUCCUGGCCUGGUUCUCUCCUGGCAUAGUGGAAUUGUGGGAAGGGCUCCUCACCUUCCUCUUCUUCCCACUCUGUGUGCUCCAGGCUUGGGUGGCUGACAGAAGGCUCCUCUUCUACAAAUAUGUACACAAGAAAUACCGGGCGGACAAGGCCCGAGGCCUGAUCAUCGAGACUGAGGGUGAUACUGCCUAUCCAAAGCUGGACAUGGAGAUGGACAACUCGCUAAAGGAAGGAUCCGAAGGUCUUGUGGAAGCAGGGAAGGACCAGGAUGAUGAAGCUCGCAGGGAUAUGGCUCGCACCUUAAGGGACCUCAAGCAGAAACAUCCAGAAAAGGACAUGGAGCAGCUUAUCGAGAUGGCCAACUAUCAGGUGCUAGUCCAACAGCAGAAGAGCCGGGCUUUCUACCGCAUCCAGGCCACACGCAUGAUGAUUGGAGCAGGGAAUAUCCUCAAGAAACAUGCGGCGGACGAAGCCCGCAAAGCCAUUAGCAUGCAGGAGGUGCGUGAGGAAGAAGACGAGUCCGUGACCAAAGUUGGCUUCGAGCCAGCACACUACCAGUGCUUUGAGAACUGCGGCUCGGUGGUGCUGACUGUGGCCCGGCGGGGAGGGGACCCAGCCUGCGUCACGCUGCGGGUGGAUUUCCGCACGGAGGACGGGACGGCCAACGCCGGCUCAGACUACGAGUUUGCGGAGGGCACCUUGCUCUUCAAGCCAGGGGAAACCCACAAGGAAGUGCGGGUCGGAAUCAUUGACGACGACAUUUUCGAGGAAGACGAGUAUUUCUAUGUCCACCUCAGUAACGUGCGGGCAGCCUGGGCUGAACCGGGCCCCGAGCCUCCCCCCAAAGCAUGCCUCGGGCCCUCUAAGAUGGCCACUGUCACGAUCUUCGACGACGACCAUGCCGGCAUCUUCACCUUCGACGGGGCCUCCAUGCGUGUGAGCGAGAGCGUGGGGGCUGUGCGCAUCAAGGUGCUGAGGACCUCGGGGGCACGCGGGAGAGUGGCCAUCCCCUUCCACACCAUUGAGGGGACCGCUAAGGCCGGAGAGGACUAUGAGGAGGUCGCCGGCAAAGUGGAGUUCCAGAAUGAUGAGACCAUGAGAUACAUCGAAAUUAAAAUUAUUGACGAUGAGGAGUAUGAGAAAAACAAGAACUUCCACCUGGAGCUGGGGCCACCACAACUGCUGGACACAGGUCUUGCAAGCCUGCUCCUCUCCCUAUGUGCCUGUUUUCUCCCCACCCCCACCCCAGGUGACACUAAUGAAAACCGCUUGCCUAAUGGAGAAAAGGAAGCAAUUGCCAAGAUGGGGUGUCCUAGCCUUGGAGAGAACCCCAAACUUGAAGUUGUUAUUGAGGAAUCUUAUGAAUUCAAGAGCACUGUGGACAAAUUAAUAAAGAAGACAAACUUGGCCCUCGUCGUCGGCAGCAGCAGCUGGAGGGAGCAGUUUGUUAGCGCCGUAACCGUCAGCGCUGGUGACGACGAGGACGACGACUCUGGCGAGGAGCGCCUCCCCUCUUGCUUCGACUACAUCAUGCACUUCCUGACGGUUUUCUGGAAAGUUCUGUUUGCCUUUGUGCCGCCAACCGAAUACUGGUGCGGCUGGGCCUGCUUCUUCGUCUCCAUCUGCCUCAUCGGAGUCCUCACCGCCCUCACCGGAGACCUGGCCGCCCACUUUGGCUGCACCAUUGGCCUCAAAGACUCUGUCACAGCCGUGGUUUUCGUGGCCCUGGGCACCUCCGUGCCUGAUACCUUUGCCAGCAAAGUUGCCGCCAUCCAAGACCAGCACGCUGACGCCUCCAUUGGGAAUGUGACGGGUAGCAACGCAGUCAACGUCUUCCUGGGCAUCGGGGUGGCCUGGACUAUUGCAGCCGGGUACUGGGCCAGCAAAGGUCAGCCCUUUCGCGUGAAGCCUGGCAACCUGGCAUUCUCGGUCACCCUCUUCACCAUCUUCGCCUUCUUCAGCAUUGCAGUGUUAAUGUACCGCCGCCGCCCACCCAUCGGCGGAGAACUGGGUGGUCCCCGAACCCCCAAAAUCCUGGCAACCCUUCUCUUCCUGAGCCUAUGGCUGGUCUACAUCCUUCUGGCUGCCCUGGAAGCCUACUGCCACAUUCAGGGCUUCUGAAAGACAAGUGCAGGCUGGGAGAUUCGCUUUCGGGCUUGGCCUUGGGGAGGCCCCUGUCCAAACCUUGGGAAACUGACCCCUGGAUGACUUGGGGGUGGAGGGAGAGAAAGGAAAAGGCAAACCCUCCCUCCCCAAGUUGGGGGAUCCCUUUUUUCUCAAGCACAUGGGAACACCUUCACUUCCGCAACAGUUCAGUGAAGACUUUCGCCGACGCCAGCCCUGCAGUCUAGUAAUGACUAAGGUGGUAACAAAAAUGGGACAAAGUUACAGGGUCGAAUCCUGGUCAAGGCUUCUGCGAUGGACUGAUGGCAGAGUCGCCCACCUCCGUUUGGAGAGAGAAAAAGCCAAGCUAUUAAGAACCCUGAUUUUAGACACAUCUUAGGGGUGCAACAGAUUCAAGGGAGGCUGAGCCAGGACAUAGGCCACCCCCUUCCACACUGACCUGGGUGAAUUAGUAGCCUCAGAAAAUGGUGGGGUGGGGUGGGGGGAUAUUGACCAGCCCUGCCAAUUACCAUUCUUAUCCUUGCAAGUAUUGGAGGACUACUUAGUUGGACACACUGUCCUUCCCAUUGCAAGCCUGGCCACAGUUUCUUGCAGCGACAGAGAGGGGGCACUCUUUGCAUCCCAGUGGAUGGUAACAUAAUGAU